AUGCAGAAGCACCCUUCUUCUCUGAUGCAUUCCAUCGCCAUGGAAGAACAAGAACCAAAGCUGAUCAGAGAUCAUGGGUCCAAGGAGAAGAAGCAAAACAAGGCCAAGCACUUGCUCAUCCACACUCCCAAUCCCAACCCUUCUCAAACAAUCAUGAGAUUGGCUUCACUUGCCAUCAGCUUCAACGUGAGGUUGAAAUCAUCUGACAUGCCUGUCCACAUGCAGGAACAUGCUCUGCGCCACGCUAGAUCACUCCUUCCUCUUCCCCCUCCUUCUCCAAAGCCUUCAAACACUCUCAUAGCUAGAGCUCUAAAAAAGGAGUUUGACUUGAAGUAUGGACUAGCGUGGCAUUGUGUGAUAGGGAAGAGUUUCGGGUCGUUUGUGAGUCACACUGGUGGAGGGUUCAUCUACUUCUCAAUUGACUCAUUUUCAGUUCUUCUUUUCAAAACUGAGGUUCACUUGGUCACGCAACCACCUCCUCCUUAA